AUGCCAGCAAUUGAUGUAGUGGAAAUGCCUGAUGGUCUCUAUACAGCUGUGGACAAUCGUCGUUUAGCAGCUGCACGAGAAGCAGGUGUUCCUGUUUUUGUACGAAAAAUCAAAGGGGAUACAUGUGUGCCAGCGGAUCAGGCUGCAAGAUUUCCUGGUGCUAAUAAUCGUACACCGGAAGUUUGGAGUGAAGCUGUUCAAAAUCGAGUGGCGAAUCAAAAGCCCAAAGCAGAUGUAAGAGUAAAUCCAUUUGGAUUUAUGGAUGCGCCGAGGAAAACGGAUAGCUGUGGAGGUGGAGGGGGAUAUGCGCACCCGUUCUUCGAUAAAUAUGCUGCUCCUGCAUCCGAAACUCUGACUACACUAUUCAAUAUAUUUACUGCACAACGAUCAUCGAUUAGCAGAAGAAAGAAACGAUAA